AACCAGUAUUUUUCACCCUUACCGUGCAAGUAAAUUUGUUUCAUUUAUGUGUAAACUGUUUGUAAUACCUGGCAUAACAGUUCUACGAUUUGCUUAAACAUACAAUACCAGGCAGGACUGUGCAUUGAUGUUAGACUAAGGCGCAACACGGUGCCGUACAUUCCCAUAGUGCGUCGUUGUUAAGUGAAUCCUCCAGAACGCAUCGGCGCAGACAGUAAACGCUUCAACUCGCGAUUGGAUUUCGGUGCAUACCGCUGACCCUGAGAGGAAGAGCUAAUCUGAGCAGCCUACUCCAGAGGAAAAGAGUAAAGUUGUUCAUCAGUCAGCGAAACAGCAAAACGGCACGCAAAUGUUCGCCAUGUCCAUGUCGAAGCCCUGUUGUAAAAACCCAAAAAAUCUGUUCUGCUUCGUGUGCGGCCUGUACAUACUGUCGCACCAUAAGCGAUCGAUCAUGACGCGCCCUCUACUGGAAGCGUACGAGGCACACUUUAAGGUGCGAACUAGCAAGGAACACUAUUUGCAAGGACCACCGUCGGUUUGUAACGUCUGCAAUAAUGCACUGAUGCGUUGGAAGAACGGCAUGAGUCCGAAACCGGAGCUUCCGUUCGGCAUACCGAUGCUGUGGAGUCCUCCCACAGAUCACGAAACGGAUUGUUACUUUUGUUUGACACGCACAGCACCAUUUAAGGAUUCGAAGUAUGGAAGAAUGAUGCAAUCAAUGGCUCCGGUUGAGUAUCCGACAGUGAGGUCGGCCGUCAGGCCAAAACUCUUUUCUACUCGGGCAGCACUUGUAUCUCAUUCACCGCCAGCAGUAGCCAAGACAGAAAAGGAUGACAGUUCAGUCAAUUUAAUACGCACGUACCCAGGACAAGUUAAACUAAGGAACCCGGCAACUGUAAUGCAGGUAGAACGACGCAAUCUUCCGGGGCAAAACGUUGUUCCCAGCGUGCAGUCCAGCCCAUCCGUCGUCAGUACGAGUACGUUGAAACGUAAGGUCGAUUCGGGCCUCUGUGUGUCGUAUGGUAUGACGAAGGUUCGGCUGCGUAAUUCCGAACCAAUUGUGCUCGACAAGUGCACAAAGCUACUGCCAUCGAACCCGUCAGCGAUCAUAAGCCGGCCGCUGACGCCCAGCAGCCAGAACGCACCCAGAAUACUGAACGUGUUCUCACUGAACAAAGAUGCUGCGAAUUGCGAAACAAAUUCAUCAAUUCCACCCGCGAAGGAACCGGAUCAACCACAAAUCAAAAUUGAAGUUGUUGACGAUGAAGAAGAACCGGUGGUCCCAAACAAACAAAUGAAACUGCAACCGAUCAAUGGUGCAUUAUUGAAGAUUGAAACAAUCAAGCAAGAGAAAGUACCGACGAUAGUCCAACCGAAGGCUUCAAAGGAAAUUCCAGCAAUUAAGGUAAUAAAGAUAGCACCUGGAAUCGCCUUUCCAACCAAAACAGAACAGACAGAACAAAACAGAUUUAUACCAUUACGCCCUGUUCGUUGCUACAACAUGAAAAAUCUAUCAACCGCUAACACCGGUGAAAAGACGAUCAAAAUCAUACCGUCCCUCGCCGUCAAACAGCCGGUAGAUAUGGCCGCUUCACCGAAACCAGCCACCUUUGUUGCCACACAGACCAACAAAGCAACACCCGAACAGCAACAAAAAACUUCACAGGUUACCCCGGCGAAAUAUUGCUUCAUUAACAUGAAAGAUCUGCCAUCCUCUUCCGCAAGUACCAAUGAAAGGACCAUUAAAAUUAUAUCGCCUGCCAUCAGUCAACAACUGACCGAUACAGAGCAACCACCUACAUUGAAUGCAGCGUCUGCUAUCGUAUCAUCCAGCAGCAAGGUAGUAACGCCCGAGCAGGAUGAUAUUCCACAUCGCAUCUCCCAAUCGGAGCUGAUACUAUUGCUGCGCGAAUUGGAGCUGCCGAAGGAAAAAUCGGCCGUUCUGAUCGAUCGGCUGAAGCGAUGGAAUUUGCUGGCGGUCGAGAUGGUGGGUACGAACCGUGCACGAACAAUCGAGCAAACAACAACUCAACCAACUACCGUCACACCGGUAUCGCCAACAUCAUCUUCACCACCACCACCACCACCACCACCAUCGCAGGAACAGGGUCAACUGAAACAGCCAGAAACCGUGGCCCCGCUGGCCAAUAUGAAGGACAUUCUGGUUCACAAUACACGAGCAGCAAACAGGCAGUCCGCUCCACCGAUAAUAAUCAGCAAUUCCACGCACCGGCCCAAAGUCUCCACCGCAAGCAAACAGGACAACGGAGGUAAACCCAACUCGUCCAUGAUGGUCUUGGUAAAGGGCGAGCAACGACGGCACACUACUGUAGCUGGAGCGGAAAAGGCAACUAUUACCCUACCGCCACGGGGUACCAUCACGACUCGCAGUGCAGCGAGUGCACUGGUAAAGCAGAACGUUACCACGCCGAAGGUAAAAUGAAACAUAGCCUAACAGCUUUAAUUCAAUGCGACAAAGUUAUCUUACUACAGUUGUGACAAUGUGCUGACCACUGAAUGGAACUACAAAAACACAGGGAACGAAGCAGUUUGAAUGUAGCUGUAAAAUGUCGACCUUCUGCUACCUUUUUGGAUUGCUAGAUUAUAGUUUAUAGUCGGUUGCGUUACACAGUUAGUAAUCCAAAUCAAACAGAGCAGUGACCGUGCAGGAAAGGGGAUCAAAUGUAAGAACAACUUCCAUUGUAUCGCACACCAAUCCCAAGGAUAGGACAGGCAAGGUACAGAAUAAAGUGUCCUUAAAUGUAAGCUUCUAUUUUAAGCGCUUCAUUUCUCUUUCUAAUGAUGGUGUAAAAACAUGAUUUCUAAUAGGCGAUAGGAGUAAUUUUACCAAAUGAUGUUUGAUUUUGAAUUGAUUUUAACCGAGGAAAGGCGAUUAAUAAAAGGGGAAUUAAAAAAUAAUUGUACAGCGACACAAGCUUCGGUUGCAUCGGCAGGAUUAAUAAUCUCUGGUUGGCCAUGCUUCUCAAAGGCAGGGCUCGACUAUUGGGCUAUAAAAGGUCUAAAUCCUAGAUCGUUAACUGAUGGGCAUGGUACCCCAAGAACGCCAAAUAAGUAUCCUUUAGAUUAAAAAAAACAAGCCCUAAGCUUCGAUAAACAUAAACACACAAAACACUCAUAGCAAGGAUUAGAAAAUCCGGCUAUGUGUAGAGUAUUCAAGUGAUUAAGGUGUCAUCGAUCCUAAAGGUGAUCGUUUUAUCAAGAAAACUUCAGAAACAAAUAAAAUCUGUAUUACGAUAAACGCUCUAAAGGUAAUGAAUAAAUUGCGUAGUUUGUUUAAUGCAGUUGUUUGUACAUAACACAACUCGGUCCAUUUUAAUAUACCUUCGAUGUAUUUGUUAGAAGCAACGACAACGAGAAACACUAUUAUCGUAUUCAUCUGGAAAGAGAACAUGGG